GAGAAAGAGAAUGUGCAUUGGGGAGAGCGUGAGGGAGACUGUGUGUGAGUGUGUGUGUGUUGGGGGAGUGUGAGGGAGACUGUGAGAGAGUGUGUGUGUGUUGGGGACAGUGUGUGUGAGCGUGUGUGUGUUGGGGGACUGUAUGUGAGAAACUGCGUAUGUGAGAGAGAGGGAGUGUGUUGGUGGAGUGUGUGUGAGUGACUGUGUGAGAGAGAAGGUGCGUGUGUGAGAGAGAGGGUGUGUGUUGGGGAGUGUGGGGGGAGACUGUGUGUGCCCGAGUGAGUGUGGCAGCGCACUGUCUCUUUAAGCCGAGCACUCAGGAGCCGGAGCGCUUGUUCAGCACAGCAGCAGCGGCAGCUCCCACUCCUGAGCCAGAGACACCAGCACAGACAGGCUCCCUGUGCCCCCAGCCCAGCUCAGCCGAGACCCGCUCCGGCGCGGCCGCCUCUAGCAGCGGGCGAGCUCCGCGCCAGCCAUGGAUCCGCUUCCCAAAGAAGGGGAGCCUGCCCCGGCGGCGGCCGGGGAGCCCAGCAGGGGCACUGCCCCCUCCAGCGGGGUGGUGGUGCAAGUCCGGGAGAAGAAGGGACCCCUGCGCGCUGCCAUCCCCUACAUGCCGUUCCCCGUGGCGGUCAUCUGCUUGUUCCUCAACACCUUCGUGCCAGGGCUGGGGACAUUCGUGUCUGCCUUCACUGUGCUGUGCGGAGCCCGGACUGACCUCCCUGACAGGCACAUGUGCUGCGUCUUCUGGCUGAACAUCGCCGCGGCGCUGAUUCAGAUUCUGACGGCUAUCGUGAUGGUUGGCUGGAUCAUGAGUAUAUUUUGGGGGAUGGACAUGGUCAUUCUUGCUAUUUCACAAGGUAAGUUUUUCUUCUAAUUCUUCUCUUAACUUCCAGUGGCUAAAAUCCUGUUUUACCUACUCCGGCAAAUUU